AUGUCGGGGCGGCCCCUGUGCCGGCUUUGGCUCUUCGCGUUGCCCUUGCUGGCCCUGGCGGCUCGGGCUCCUCUCUCUGCGCCAGGAUUAUCUGGGGCAGAAAAGGUGACUCCCCUGCUUCGGGAGCGGGGCGGCCGCAGGGCUCAGCCUGGGGUCGUGGCCCGGGCUCUGGCGGUGCUUCCGGAUCCAGCCGCUGUGCGGGCUUCGGUUCUGGGCCUGGGCGAAGUGUUCACUAAGACCCCGGUUCUGUCCCGUGCUUUGACCGUGCUUCCGAAAGUGUCUGACAUUCUUGCAUCUCCCAAGCCUACCCCCACUCCAGAUCCAGAGCCAACUCUGAUCUACAUAGUUAAGACAGCACCUCAAACUCCUGUGGAGACCACUGGAGCGCCCAUCCUGCCUUCAGAAUUGUUUCAGACACGACUACCAGCGAUCUUAGUGCCGGCCUCAGCUUUAAUAGCGUCUCAGACUCGGGCUAUAUCCUCCUUGGUGCCUGCCGCAGCUCCAUUAGUACCUCGAACAUCACCCUUGGUGCCAGCCCCAGCUCCUACAGCACCUCAAACAUCAGCUGCAUCCUUGGUGCCAACUCUAACUUCUAUGUUGUCUCGAAUUCUGUUGUCUUCUCAAAUACCUGCUACAUCCUUAGAGGGAGCCAAAGCGUCAAAAUCGACUCAAGCACUAGCUGCCUCCUUGGUGCCAGCUCAAACUCUAAUGUCCUCUCCGAUUUCAUCCCUUGUACCCACCCAAACCUUAACAUCAUCACCUGAGUUUCUAGGUGCAUCUUUGCUGCCAACUCAGACUUCCCAAUCGAUUCAGAUUCUCCAUCCAUGCUUAGUACCUAUGCAGACUUCAGUGUCAUUUCUGCCUCAGGCUACACCCACGAGGCACCCACCGCCAACUCCAACCCUGUUUCCAGUAUUGCCUUAUAAUCUAACCGUGAACAUGAUGCCCACCCAAGUUUCCAAGCCAUCUCAGACUUCAGCUGUACCCGUGAUGCACACUGCAAUGCCUGCUCAAACUCUGCCAUCACUUCCGACUCUAGCUCCAACCCUGAAGCAUACUCAAAUUCCAACCCCUCUUGUGCAAUUACCUCGGACUCUGCCUCUGUCCCUUGUCUCUGGUAAAGCUCCACACCAACUUCUUCAGGCUCUGUUGCCCACCCAAACUCUAGCCCCACCUCCUGUACCUCAGGAACAAUAUCAAUUUCUAACUCCAGGGGAGAUACUGCCUUGGACUCUUACUCCACCUCCAGAGUCAACAAAGCUUUAUUCUCCAUCUCCAGAGCUAAAGCAGGUUCCAGUUUCAGUUCUGUCUUCUAAGUCAAUGCAGACUCCAACUAUGCUUCUAAACAACACUUUUCCAUCGCCUUCAGUCUUAAAGUUUCAUACUACAAUACCAUUAUCUUUAGGGUCACAGAAGAACAUCUGGGAAAUCGAUUUUCUCUGCUUGGGCCCCUGCACUUGCAAAGAUGAAAUGCUCUCCUGUACUGGCCUCAGUCCUGAACUCCGCCUGCACAGUGUGCCAAUGCCAGGACCGAAGGCCCGAAACCUCACCUUCUUUUCCCUAGAUUUCCAUGGGAACUCUAUUUCUAUCAUUGAGAAAGGUAUCUGGAAGUCAUACCCUUGGGCUAAGACUCUAAAUCUCAAGGAUAAUGCUUUGCACAAACUACACAAGAAUUCCUUUGAAGGCCUGCUGUCCCUCCAGUAUUUGGAUUUAUCCUGCAAUAAAAUCCAUGUUAUUGAGAGACAUACAUUUGAACCAUUACCUUUUUUGCAAUUUUUAAACCUUAGUUGCAAUUUACUCAAAAAACUCAGUUAUGGAACAUUUCAAGCCUGGCACGAAAUGCAGUUUUUGCGGAAGUUAAUGCUCAGUCAUAACCCUUUGUCAGCCAUUGAAGACAAGUUUUUUUUCCAAUUGCCAUCACUGAAGUAUUUGGAUAUAGGAAGAACAGAAGUACCACUUGUGGCCAUCAAGAAUAUCCUGAUGAUGGCCCUCAAACUACAAACACUAAUCUUACCUAGCAAUAUUGCCUGCUGCCUGUGUCAGUUUAAAAAUAAUAUUGAAAGUACCUUCAAGACAAUAAAGCUACAUUGUGGAAGCAAGUGCUUCGCUGACUCCUCUCUUUGUGAUCAAAAAGAAUCCAUAGACCAUAUACAAGAAGAGUUCAUAAAAACAUUUCAAUCCAGAAAAAAUAUUACAAGUACUGAACUAAGCCUACAAUGGUUACUUGAAAAUCCUGUUUUUACAGAAAUAAGAAGCCUUAUAAAUAAUCCUUCUAAAAAAGUUAUUUCAUUUUCUCCAGAAAGAAGUAUCUCCAGCAAGGCUUCCAAAAUGACCAGCCUAGCAAAGGCUCCUGAAACACCCCCUAUGAGAAGCACCACUUUGGAAAAUACUACUACUUCUUCCAAACGGAAGAAAAAAUUCACUUUAGACAAUUCUUUGCCAACUGUUCAACAAACCAGCAAAACACACUGGAGAGAUCAAGGCAAUAUUAUAUUUCUACCUAAGUCCAAUGGCAACUCCUUUUUUAAUUUAUCGGCUUCAGCUGACUCGUUUGAAAUUGAACUGAACAAGCAGUUAGAGCGCCUCAUCCCCAACAGUGCAAUGAGAAGCCUAGUUUCCCAUGUUGUCCGAACUUUAGAAAAGUAUUGCUCAGAGCCUAAGGUGCAACUGGCCUGUGCCAAGCUCAUUUCAAGAACAAGUCUCCUGAUGAAACGGCUCAGUGAGCAAGAAAAGAGGAAACAGUCAACUGCAUAUCACAAUUCGGAUCCCUGGAAACAUGAGACAGAUCUCGAUGACAAUACCACCCUGCAAAAGGUCCUAGUCCAGUUACAAACAGAAGAGCUGAAAGAAGACAUUCCAGAAUUUGGCUAUAACAACAAACUUCUCUUGUCCAUAUCAGUGACAGUAGUGGUAAUGAUCAUUAUUGCCGUGAUUUGUCUCAUUGAGACACCCCCGGGUCCUGCUCUUAUACUCGCCCUAGCUCCUCCCAUGUUCCUCCCUGUGGGUGGAGCCAGCGUCUGUUACUGA